AUGACGAAAAUAACAGAUGCAGCAACGAGACAGGCAGUUCAAAGUGCCUAUGACGCCGUUAGAGCAACUGUUGUGGAAAGUCAAGAAAAAGAGUUACAACAGACCAAAACAGACCUAGUAAAUGCUUUCUUAAGAACGAAAAGUCAGGUAGGACAUUACGCUGCAGAUGGAACAUAUGUGCCAGCUGGUGGAACUUAUAUACCAGCUGGCGGAACUUAUAUACUAGCUAGUGGAACUUAUAUACCACCAAACCCUCCAAGAGAAGCACCUGCACCAGGACUACCUAAAACAUUUACAUCGUCACAUGGACACAGACAUAGGCAUGCACCAAAACCAACACAACAACCAACACAACAACCAACACAACAACCAACACAACAACCAACACAACAACCAACACAACAACCAACACAACAACCAGCACAACAACCACCUCCACAACAACAACAACCAGCACAACAACAACCACAAACAGAGCAAGGACAUAAAAGAAGUAGAGAACAAGGAAACCAAGAAUUCUUAAAAAUGCUGAAGGAAGAGUAUAGUUACCCAGAUACUAUUGACUUUAGUGACAGAUAUAAAGAAGCUAUUAGAAAGUUCAAGGAUGGAAAUACUGACCCGAACCUAUUUAGCUUUAUGGCUCAGCACCAAAUGGGAUAUAAUCUCAAACCUGGAAAAUACAAGCUCGCUAAGGGAUAUGAUUUAAUAGCAUAUCAUCCAAAUGACAUGAACGAAUUUACUCCGAGAUAUUUGGUGUCAGAGCUAAAUGACAAUACAACUCUCUUCAUGAAACGCGUAAAAAAUAGAGACGGAACGAAAGAAGAAAGGUUUAUGAGUCCGGAUGACUUAGAUAGGGAACUUGUUGAAAACGGUCUCGGAAUAUAUGAAAUGCCAGCAGAUGAGGUACAAGAAACUCAACAGGAAGAAGUUCAGAUACAACCAGACAUGGAAGAAAUA